ACUACUUCUCUCUCUAGUCUCUCUUGUAUUCAUUCUUACUCUCACAUCCAUUGCGUUAAUAACGUGUUGUUUCAAAUGGAUAAGCAUCUUAGGACCAAGCAAGCCAAGACCAACCCUAUUGUGGCUUCCUCCUCGUCUGAAGAAGUGAGUAGUCUUGAGUGGGAAGCUGUGAACAUGAAUCAAGAAGAAGAAGAUUUGGUCCGUAGAAUGCAUAAGCUUGUCGGCAACAGAUGGGAGUUGAUAGCUGGGAGGAUCCCAGGAAGAACUGCAGAAGAAGUUGAGAGGUUUUGGGUCAUGAAGAAAAAAUGAAUUAUCUCUGAAGUUUCACUGAUUAUGUUUUAAUUUACCAACUUUGUAAUAGAAUGUUUUCUUACGAUAAUUUAACGAUGUUUUAGAUGUGUUUAGGAAGUUCCGAGGCGUGGUGUCUACUGUUCGUUUUGUUUUUUCUUUGGGUUGAAAUGUUAAUGUUCGUUUUGUUUCUCUCAA